AUGGUUCAAGUAUGGUUUCGACGGAACCAACAUAUUUCAUCGAGAAUCAAUAUAGAUCCUGAUUCAAAUAUUGAUAAAUUAAAACAAGCCAUUUUUGGCCCAGCUGAUGUGGGACAAUAUCGGACAACGUAUAAGAACGAAAUAUUGACGCCAUCUGCGAUAGUUCCACAGGAUACAACUGAUGAUAUGCCAAUUGUAUUUAUUAAAAUUGAAUCACAAGAGCUUGGUUGUGGAGGUUGUUCUUGUGCCGAGUGCCACAAGUGUUGUGAUUGGCAUUUUAUUGGUAAUCAAAACGAGUGGAAUUGUGUCUGCAAUUACCAGAAUUGGGGAGAUACAGAUUGGGAUGAUUGGUGCGAUGGUUCUAUACUUUUUGAGAAAUUUGAUGGCGCAACCUGUAAUUAUCCUCUUUUUCCUGUUCAUCCUGAUGAUCGUGUUAUUGUUAAGCAUACUGUUCCUGCUACUGUUAAGCGUCCUUAUAAUAUUGCGGUUAGUCGUCGUGAUAUUGACCCGUAUUAUCAUGAGGAGCCUCGUGCUGAAGUUGUUGUUUAUCGUGUUGUUUACAGUGCUCACGUAUGUCUGUGCAUGAAACACUAA